AUGAAAAAAAAUCCACUAAUCAUCUAUCAAUCAUUAUCAAGAUUUCAAAUUUAUAAUAUCAAUUAUGAUAUUAUAUAUUCUUUAUUAAUUUUAAAAGGUCUUGUUAAAAUCAUAUCAUACCACAUAAAGCUAUAUAUUACCCUCAACAAUCACACUUUAGCUACCCCAGUUCCAGAGUCAAUCUUAAAGAAGAGAGCCACCACUCAAAAGAAGGCCAUCGACCAAGUCAAGGUCCAACGUGCCUUGAAGUUGAGAAACUCUCGUUUGAGAUCCAAGUACUUCCAACGUGCCGAAAAGUACGUCCGUGAGUACAGAAUGGCCGAGCGUGAGCAAAUCCGUUUGCAACGUGUCGCCAAGAACACCGGUGUCUUCUACGUCCCACCAGAAGCCAAGGUUGCCUUUGUCAUCCGUAUCCGUGGUAUCAACGGUGUCUCACCAAAGCCAAGAAAGAUCUUGCAGUUGUUGCGUUUGUUGCAAUUGAACAACGGUGUCUUUGUCAAGUUGAACAAGGCUACCAUCAACAUGUUGAAGUUGGUCGAACCAUACGUCGCCUACGGUUAUCCAAACUUGAAGACCGUCAAGGAAUUGAUCUACAAGAGAGGUUAUGCCAAGAUCAACGGUCAACGUAUCCCAAUCACUUCCAAUGACAUCAUCGAGAAGCACCUCGGUCGUUACGGACACUUGUGCGUUGAAGACAUUGUCCACGAAAUCUUCACCUGCGGUAAGAACUUCCGUGAAGUCAACAGAUUCCUCUGGCCAUUCAAGCUUAACUGCCCACGUGGAGGUUUCAACCAUAAGAAGAUCCAUUUCCUUGAGGGAGGUGAUUCCGGUAACCGUGAAAACUUCAUCAACGGAUUGGUCAGAAAGAUGAACUAA